AUGGAUCUCCUGCUCGUUCUGCUGCUGGGAUGGAGCUGUCUGUGUUGUGGAUACUGCGCCAUGCUGAAAGAUCACCAUCGUUCGACUGGAAUAACGAAGGACUAUGGGCACAGAGAAGUCGAGAGGAAGGAGUGGAAGAAAGCUGAGCAGGAUACCGUGUCGGAACACAUGCGGAUGCUCUACAGCAGAUACCUCAGUAACGCGUCCCCGCUGCGCGAUGGAAACACGGUGCGCAGCUUUAAAGCACAUAUGGGCACCAUCAACAACAAGCAUCUUCAGAUCUUUAACCUGACGUCGCUAACGAAGUCAGAGGACGUUCUCUCAGCGACGCUGCACUACUACGUCGGAGACCUGCACAACAGCACUCGGAGAUGCUUACGAUUCAAGACCUGCGCUCGCCACGGCCUCAGACGACACGUCUCAGUUCGUCUGAGGAUCUGGAGCUUCAACUCUGCGGAGAAUAAAACGAGAACCCUCGAUCACUUCUCCGUUAACGUCUCCUCGAUGUACCGGGACUUAAUAUCAUGGCAGUGGAGAGACAUCACCCGCGUGGUCAACCAAGCCAAGCGUAAUAAUGAGCUUCUAAUCGGGAUCUCUAUCGAUUCGCAAGGACAACAACCUUGGACGAAGACGUUCCCAGACCGCCACCCGUACAUCCUGGUUUACGCCAACGACUCUGCGAUCUCGGAGUCCGAAAGCGUCGUGUCCACCCUGCAGAGACACAAAGGCGGUUUAGUGCCCGGACUACAGAAACUCGGACUGCGCGACCCCAACCAUAACCGUAACCAUAACGGCUCCGCGCCGCACAGGACGAAGCGCUCGGCCAGUAUCCUCCUACCCCUGCAGAACAACGAGCUCCCGGGCCCCGAGUACCCCUACGAAAUCCACACCUGGGACGAAACCAGCCCGUACGACCCCGUCGAGAACAAGCCGGGCAAACGGCCGCGCAAGAAACCUCGCAAGAACCCGCGAGACAAGAAUCCACUCUUGCAGUUUGACGAGCAGACCAUAAAGAAAGCUCGGAAGAAGCAGUGGAUCGAGCCGAAGAACUGCGCCCGCAGAUAUCUGAAGGUCGACUUCGCAGACAUCGGCUGGAGCGAAUGGAUUAUCUCUCCCAAGUCUUUCGAUGCCUAUUACUGCUCCGGGUCCUGUCAGUUUCCUAUGCCGAAGUCGCUGAAACCUUCCAACCACGCCACCAUCCAGAGCAUCGUCCGAGCAGUGGGCGUGAUCCAGGGCAUCCCGGAGCCAUGCUGCGUCCCCGAGAAGAUGUCCCCGCUCAGCAUCCUGUUCCUCGACGAGGACAAGAACGUCGUCCUGAAGGUCUACCCCAACAUGACAGUGGACUCCUGCGCCUGCAGAUAA